AUGUCGUGGCAGUCUCCAUACCAUGGCUCAAAGUUCCGUCAUGUUUACGGAAAACCAGCGGGUAAGGGCCAGAGUUAUGACGGCCUGCUAAUCACCCGUGGUGUCCAUGACAACCACUGUUGCGCCAUCAACCCAUGCUUCAUGGCGGUGGUUACUGAGUGCGCUGGGGGCGGAGCCUUCAUCAUCAUCUCCAUUCGUCAAAAAGGCCGUGUGAACCCUCAUCACCCCCGUGUGUGUGGACACAGCGCCCGGGUUCUGGAUGUUAAGUGGGAUCCAUUUGAUGACCAGCGUAUAGCUUCCUGUUCUGAAGACUGCACGGUUAAAGUGUGGCAGAUUCCCAGUAACGGAUUGAAGGAAAAUCUGAUCAAACCACAGAAGGAGUUGUUAGGCCAUGUCCGGAGGGUGGGGCUUAUCGAGUGGCAUCCAACCGCGAAGGACAUCUUGUUAAGCUCCGCCUAUGAUUAUAAGGUGUUUGUGUGGCGUGUGGACGAUGUGGGCGUGGCAGUAGUCAAGACACCAGUGUGUGUCAUACACACACACACUGACCUGGUGACGAGUGUGAGCUUCAGUGAGGACGGCAGCAGAAUCGCUACAACAUGCAGAGACAGACAAGUCCGAGUCCUCGAGCCACGCACAGGACACACACUUCAGGAGUCAUGUAAUGUGUCUCAUAAGGCCUUCAAGGUUCUGUUCCUGUCCAACCGGAACCUGCUGCUCACAACUGGAACCUCCAAGUGGAACCAGAGACAGUUCGCCCUGUGGGACCCGGAUGAUUUAUCUGAGCCGUUGUUAGAGGAGGAUGUUGAUGGAGGUUCUGGAGUUCUCUUUCCAUUUUAUGACCCUGACACACACAUGCUCUACCUGGCUGGCAAGGGAGAUGGUAAUAUUCGGUACUAUGAGGUGAGUGUGGAGAAACCGUACAUACACUUCCUGGCAGAAUAUCGUUCUCCACUACCACACAAGGGCCUGGGUGUGAUGCCGAAGCGAGGUUUAGACUCUUCACAGUGUGAAGUAUUUCGUUUUUAUCGCCUAAUUACGGUUAAAGACCUCGUGGAACCGUUGUCCUUUAUCGUCCCACGGAAGUCUGAGGACUUUCAGGAGGACAUUUAUCCGAUGACGGCGAGCAACGAGGCGGCCAUGAUGGCUCAGGAAUGGCUCAUGGGUCAAAACAAAGGCCCGGUGCUGGUGUCUCUGAGGCCUGUGACCAAAGUGCAGAACCCGUACCCAGCUCCAGAGCAGGACGCUGAGCUCCAGCGCUCGGCCUGCAGCCUGGACUGCGGAGCAGAGAAACUGGCCAAUCAGAAAGCAGGUUAUGAGAUAGGUGACCUAUCAGAAUGGCAGGAUGAUGAGACUCAGUGGAACAGCUGGAGAGACUCACACUGUGGGGUUCGGUGGUGCGACUCAGCGGCGUGCACACCACCGGCCGCAGAGAAAGAGCUGCUGAAUGUGUUUUAUAAGCAGCAGGAAGAGAUCAGAUCCCUUAGGCAGCAGCUCCAUCAGAGAGACAGCAGGAUUCAGCAGCUGGAGCUCGAGAUCAAGAACAUACGCAAUCAGCUGAGAGCCACGUUCUGAUCCCGGCCAAUUAAAACACACAGAGAACCGAUGUACCGGAGAACCAGAGACUGACUCACUGAACAGAGAACCAUGUGACAAUGUGAUUCACUG